CCUUUGCUCUUGUGUUUUCAGGAAUUCAAAAUGUCCUCAGCCUCUUUUGUGCAGUCCUCACAGAAAAUAAAGUUCUCUUCCAUUCUGCAAGUUUCCAGAGACUUAGCGAUGCUUGUAGAGCCCUGGAAUCUUUAAUGUUUCCUCUUAAGUAUAGUUAUCCUUAUAUUCCCAUUCUCCCGGCUCAGCUACUGGAAGUUCUAAGUUCCCCAACACCUUUUAUUAUUGGAGUACAUUCUGUCUUUAAAACUGAUAUCCAUGAGCUUUUGGAUGUAAUCAUAGCAGAUUUGGAUGGAGGCACUAUUAAAAUUCCUGAAUGUAUUCACCUCUCUGCCCUCCCGGAACCACUUCUACAUCAGACUCAAGUAGCUCUUUCUUUGAUUUUACACCCAGAUUUGGAAGUAGCAGAUCAUGCUUUUCCUCCUCCACGAACAGCUUUAUCCCACUCAAAAAUGCUGGAUAAAGAAGUGCGAGCAGUUUUCCUUAGAUUAUUUGCACAACUUUUCCAAGGAUAUAGAUCAUGCCUACAGCUUAUAAGAAUUCAUGCAGAGCCAGUAAUACAUUUUCACAAAACAGCUUUCUUGGGGCAGCGUGGUUUGGUUGAGAAUGAUUUCCUCACUAAAGUACUCAAUGGAAUGGCAUUUGCAGGUUUUGUUUCAGAAAGAGGUCCUCCCUAUAGAACCUGUGAUCUCUUUGAUGAGUUGGUAGCCUUUGAAGUAGAGAGAAUUAAAAUUGAAGAAAAUAACCCGUUGAAGAUGAUAAAGCAUGUCAGAGAACUUGCUGAGCAACUAUUCAAAAAUGAGAAUCCAAACCCUCAUAUGGCAUUCCAGAAAGUUCCACGCCCAACAGAAGGAUCCCACUUGCGAGUUCAUAUUCUUCCUUUCCCAAAGAUUAAUGAAGCCCGGGUUCAGGAAUUAAUACAGGAAAAUCUUGCUAAGAACCAGAAUGCACCUCCUGCUACACGAGUGGAAAAGAAAUGUGUUGUGCCAGCAGGUCCACCUGUUGUUUCAAUAAUGGAUAAGGUGACGACAGUUUUCAACAGUGCACAGAGACUGGAAGUUGUUAGAAAUUGCAUCUCAUUCAUAUUUGAAAAUAAAACUUUAGAGACUGAAAAGACCCUUCCUGCUGCUAUGAGAGCCCUUAAAGGAAAGGCAGCACGACAAUGUCUCACUGAUGAACUGGGUUUGCAUGUCCAACAAAACCGGGCAAUAUUAGAUCAUCAGCAGUUUGACUACAUAAUAAGGAUGAUGAAUUGUACUCUACAGGAUUGUUCAAGUUUAGAAGAGUACAACAUUGCUGCAGCGUUACUCCCUUUGACCAGUGCUUUUUAUAGGAAACUUGCCCCUGGAGUGAGCCAGUUUGCUUACACCUGUGUUCAGGACCACCCCAUUUGGACAAAUCAGCAAUUUUGGGAGACAACUUUUUAUAAUGCAGUGCAGGAACAGGUUCGUUCCCUGUAUCUCUCAGCCAAGGAGGACAAUCAUGCCCCGCAUCUGAAGCAAAAGGAUAAGCUUCCUGAUGAUCAAUAUCAGGAAAAGACAGCAAUGGACCUGGCAGCAGAACAGCUACGCCUUUGGCCUAGUCUGAGCAAAUCAACUCAGCAAGAGCUGGUGCAACAUGAGGAAAGCACUGUCUUUAGUCAGGCCAUUCACUUUGCAAACCUCAUGGUCAACCUGUUAGUUCCACUAGACACAAGUAAAAACAAGCUCCUAAGAACAUCAGCACCAGGGGACUGGGAGAGUGGGAGCAACAGCAUUGUCACAAACAGUAUUGCAGGAAGUGUAGCUGAGAGCUAUGAUACAGAGAGUGGGUUUGAAGAUUCAGAGAAUAAUGACAUUGCCAACUCUGUUGUGCGGUUCAUUACCCGAUUUAUUGACAAGGUUUGUACAGAGAGUGGAGUUACUCAGGAUCACAUCAAGAGCCUUCACUGCAUGAUACCAGGAAUUGUAGCUAUGCACAUUGAGACCCUAGAAGCAGUGCAUCGAGAAAGUAGAAGACUUCCACCUAUACAGAAGCCCAAGAUUCUUAGACCUGCUCUACUGCCAGGAGAAGAAAUUGUAUGUGAAGGUCUUCGAGUCCUACUGGAUCCUGAUGGAAGAGAAGAAGCCACUGGAGGUCUUGGAGGCCCUCAGCUCCUGCCAGCAGAAGGAGCUUUGUUCCUCACCACAUACCGAAUUCUCUUCAGGGGGACUCCCCAUGAUCAGCUAGUUGGUGAGCAGACGGUUGUGCGGAGUUUUCCCAUUGCCUCCGUCACCAAGGAAAAGAAGAUCACAAUGCAGAACCAGCUACAGCAGAACAUGCAAGAAGGACUGCAGAUCACAUCAGCAUGUUUUCAGUUGAUUAAAGUAGCAUUUGAUGAAGAAGUCAGUCCAGAAGUAGUAGAGAUUUUUAAGAAACAGCUGAUGAAGUUCCGUUAUCCUCAGUCCAUUUUCAGCACCUUUGCUUUUGCUGCUGGACAAACUACCCCGCAAAUAAUUUUACCCAAACAGAAGGAAAAGAACACUUCCUUUCGCACAUUCUCAAAAACAAUUGUGAAAGGUGCCAAAAGGGCAGGGAAAAUGACAAUUGGACGGCAGUAUUUAUUGAAGAGGAGGACAGGAACAAUUGUGGAAGAGAGAGUAAAUCGUCCUGGAUGGAAUGACGAAGAUGACAUAUCUGUUUCAGAUGAUAGCGAACUCCCUACAAGUACCACCCUGAAGGCCUCAGAGAAGUCUACAAUGGAACAGUUAGUAGAAAGAGCUUGUUUCAGAGACUAUCAGCGUUUAGGUUUGGGAACCAUAAGUGGCAGCUCUUCCCGUUCAAAACCAGAGUAUUUUCGAAUUACUGCCUCCAACAGGAUGUAUUCACUCUGCCGGAGGUAA